UAGGCGCACGGUCUUUCAGUGCAUUUGAAUGCCUGUAGUUUACUAAUAUUGGAUUUUGUAAUCCCCGACAUCUGCACUUUUGUAGAGCGGGGGACAUUAUCACCAACUUUAUUUAAGCUUAAUUUCUGUUUGGACAGCAAUGUAUAUCAAACAGGUCAUUAUCCAAGGGUUCCGAAGUUACAGAGACCAAACAGUGGUUGACCCCUUUAGUCCAAAGCAUAAUGUUAUUGUUGGAAGAAAUGGGUCAGGAAAAAGUAACUUUUUCUAUGCCAUCCAGUUUGUACUCAGUGAUGAAUUCAGCCACCUUCGACCAGAGCAGCGUCUGGCCUUGCUCCAUGAAGGAACUGGUCCUCGUGUUAUUUCAGCAUUUGUGGAGAUUAUUUUUGACAAUUCUGACAACAGACUACCGAUUGACAAAGAAGAAGUCUCUCUUCGCCGUGUCAUUGGUGCAAAGAAGGACCAGUACUUCUUAGAUAAGAAGAUGGUGACUAAGAAUGAUGUCAUGAACCUUCUGGAGAGUGCUGGCUUUUCCCGCAGUAACCCCUACUACAUCGUCAAGCAGGGAAAGAUCAACCAGAUGGCCACAGCACCUGACUCCCAGCGUUUGAAGCUGCUGAGAGAGGUGGCAGGGACGCGUGUGUACGAUGAGCGCAAAGAGGAGAGCAUUUCUCUCAUGAAAGAGACUGAGGGCAAGAGAGAGAAGAUCAAUGAGCUGCUGAAGUACAUCGAGGAGCGCCUGCAUACUUUGGAAGAUGAAAAGGAGGAACUAGCUCAGUACCAGAAGUGGGACAAGAUGAGGAGAGCCCUGGAAUACACCAUCUACAACCAGGAGCUCAAUGAAACGCGUGCAAAACUGGAUGAGCUGUCCACCAAGAGAGAGACUUGUGGAGACAAAUCUAGACAACUCCGUGAUGCCCAGCAAGAUGCCAGAGACAAAGUUGAGGAGACGGAGCGUGUUGUGCGCGAGCUGAAGUCUAAGAUCUCUGCUAUGAAGGAAGAGAGGGAGCAGCUGUCGGCCGAGCGCCAGGAGCAGAUCAAGCAGAGGACCAAGCUCGAGCUGAAGGCCAAGGACCUGCAGGACGAACUGGCAGGCAACAGCGAACAGAGGAAACGUCUGCUGAAGGAGCGCCAGAAGCUGCUGGAGAAAAUUGAGGAGAAGCAAAAAGAGCUGCAAGAGACUGAGCCAAAAUUCAACAUGGUGAAAGAAAAAGAGGAGCGGGGUAUUUCCAGACUGGCCCAGGCUACCCAGGAGAGGACAGACCUGUAUGCCAAGCAGGGCCGUGGCAGUCAGUUUACCUCUAAGGAGGAACGGGAUAAGUGGAUUAAGAAAGAGCUGAAGUCCCUGGACCAGGCUAUCAAUGAUAAAAAGAGACAGAUUUCUGCCAUCCACAAAGACCUGGAAGACACAGAGACCAACAAGGAGAAGAACUUGGAACAGUACAAUAAACUUGAUCAAGAUCUAAAUGAGGUCAAGACUCGUGUUGAAGAGUUGGAUAAGAAGUACUAUGAAGUGAAGAACAGAAAAGAUGAACUCCAGAGUGAAAGAAACUACCUGUGGCGUGAGGAGAACGCUGAGCAGCAGGCACUGGCAGCCAAAAGAGAGGACUUGGAGAAGAAACAACAGCUACUUCGAGCUGCCACAGGCAAGGCCAUUCUAAACGGCAUUGACAGCAUCAACAAAGUGCUGGAGCACUUCCGUCGGAAAGGCAUCAAUCAGCAUGUCAUCAAUGGUUACCAUGGCAUUGUCAUGAAUAACUUUGAGUGUGAGCCAGCCUUUUACACAUGUGUGGAGGUUACUGCUGGUACCAGACUGUUCUAUCAUAUUGUGGAGACUGAUGAAGUAAGUACCAAAAUACUGAUGGAGUUCAAUAAAAUGAACCUGCCUGGAGAAGUCACUUUCCUGCCCCUCAGUAAACUGGAUGUCAGGGACACUGCCUACCCAGAGACUAAUGAUGCUAUCCCCAUGAUCAGUAAGCUGCGUUACAGCCCCAACUUUGACAAGGCCUUCAAGCACGUUUUUGGGAAGACCCUGAUUUGUCGCAGUAUGGAGGUUUCCACCCAGCUAGCCAGAGCUUUCACCAUGGACUGCAUAACUCUGGAAGGUGACCAGGUAAGCCAUCGUGGAGCCCUGACAGGAGGCUACUAUGAUACUCGAAAGUCUCGUCUGGAGCUGCAGAAGGACAUGAGGAAGGCUGAGGAGGAACUAGGAGAACUGGAGGCCAAGCUCAAUGAGAACCUGCGAAGGAACAUUGAGCGUAUCAACAAUGAAAUAGACCAACUCAUGAACCAAAUGCAACAGAUUGAGACCCAGCAGAGAAAAUUUAAGGCUUCCAGAGACAGUAUUCUGUCAGAGAUGAAGAUGCUGAAAGAAAAGAGACAGCAGUCGGAGAAGACAUUCAUGCCCAAGCAACGCAGUCUUCAAAGUUUGGAGGCCAGCCUUCAUGCAAUGGAGUCAACCAGGGAGUCACUGAAGGCCGAGCUGGGAACAGAUCUGCUGUCACAGCUCAGCCUGGAGGACCAGAGGCGUGUUGAUGACCUUAAUGAUGAGAUCAGACAGCUCCAGCAGGACAACAGACAGUUGCUGAAUGAGAGGAUCAAAUUGGAGGGCAUCAUGACCAGAGUCGAGACUUACCUGAAUGAAAAUUUACGUAAGCGCCUGGACCAAGUUGAACAGGAACUAAAUGAGUUACGAGAGACUGAGGGAGGCACAGUGCUCACAGCCACGACGUCUGAGCUGGACGGCAUCAACAAGCGUGUUAAAGAGACUUUAGCACGAUCAGAAGAUCUGGACGCUCUGAUUGACAAAACCGAAGGCGAGAUUAAGGAUCAUAUCAAGAGUAUGGAACGCUGGAAGAACAUCGAAAAAGAGCAGAAUGAUGCAAUCAACCAUGACACCAAGGAGCUGGAGAAGAUGACCAACAGACAGGGCAUGCUGCUCAAGAAGAAGGAGGAGUGCAUGAAGAAAAUCAGAGAGCUCGGCUCGCUGCCUCAGGAGGCUUUUGAAAAAUACCAGACCCUCACACUCAAACAGUUGUUUCGUAAACUGGAGCAGUGCAACACGGAGCUAAAGAAGUACAGUCACGUCAACAAGAAGGCGCUGGAUCAGUUUGUCAACUUCUCUGAACAGAAGGAAAAGCUGAUCAAACGUCAGGAUGAGCUGGACCGUGGCUACAAAUCCAUCAUGGAGCUGAUGAACGUCUUGGAGCUGCGCAAAUACGAGGCCAUCCAGUUAACUUUUAAACAGGUGUCAAAAAACUUUAGUGAGGUUUUCCAGAAGCUGGUGCCUGGAGGCAAAGCGACGCUGGUAAUGAAGAAGGGUGAUGCUGAAGGCAGCCAGUCCCAGGAUGAGGGUGAGGGGGGUACAGACAGUGAGCGGGGCUCCGGGUCACAGAGCAGCGUUCCAUCAGUGGACCAGUUCACUGGAGUCGGCAUCCGGGUCUCAUUUACAGGGAAACAGGGUGAAAUGAGAGAAAUGCAGCAGCUCUCUGGAGGUCAGAAGUCCUUGGUGGCUCUGGCCCUGAUAUUUGCCAUCCAGAAAUGUGACCCGGCUCCUUUCUACCUGUUUGAUGAAAUCGACCAGGCUCUUGAUGCCCAACACAGGAAGGCUGUCUCAGAUAUGAUUGUUGAGCUAGCAGGCCACGCCCAGUUCAUCACCACCACUUUCAGGCCAGAGUUGCUCGAGUCAGCUGACAAGUUCUAUGGUGUCAAAUUCAGAAACAAGGUGAGUCACAUUGACGUAAUCACAGCCGAGCAGGCUAAAGACUUUGUGGAGGACGACACCACCCAUGGUUGAUGGUUUUCUGCUCUUCAUCGCCCUCCUCUUCCUCUGUGUUCAGUGUACAUUUCACCUCGAAUCAAUUCACUUUCUUCAGUCUGUUCUUGAAAUAUUAAACAGGUUUUCAUAUUCUCCACUUGUGAAGUUAGAGUUAGUCUUCUGUCGUCAGUGCAGCUGAGUGUGAAACGAUUGUUUCUGGCUGAUGAACCGACGUUAAAAAGAAUGUUGAGCACAGGACAACUGUAUUUGUGCAUGUCAUGUUUUUCUGUUUAUCAGCAGCAAUGCAGUUUUACAUUGAAAACAUUGGCUUGUAACACUGAAACGUCAGUGUUGAUGAAGUCUGACACUUUUUUUUUUAAACGUGUACAUCGUUAUUGUUACCUUUGGAAACGCAUCUGUUUCUGUAACAUAAUAUUUACUCAUAGCACACUGUUGGUCUUUAUCUGUCAUAAUCGGCCACUUGGUUACAAGUGUGAGGCUUUUGUUCCCUUUUUUAAAAAUGUCACUGUAUUGUCAUUUUCCGGUUUGAUGCUAUUUGAAGUUUUUAAUUCCAGGAGAGCACAUAUCUGUUUUGGAAACUGACACAACUUCCUGAAUUUGAUUACAUAUUUCUAUUUAUGGGGGAAAAAAAAUACUAAUUGUGUCCUCAUUUGACUUGAAAGAAAAUUAAUGCUAAAUUUGAAUUGGUGGAUUGCUUUCAGUUCUCAAACCAUUUUUCAUUGGUGGAUAUAUUUUUUAGAAUUAAACGCUUCCUAUAUUGG